CAAACAAGGACCCUGUGCCUUCCGGAGUUUGGGGCUGAGACUGUAGCUCUGGGAGUUCAGAGAAAGCAGCUAAGGGCGGAGGCGGGGCUCUGGCCAGUUUCCUUUUCUCCCUCCCCCACCCUCUUCUACCAACCUCUGUUUGGCUCCUAGCUCAAUCCCAGCCAUUGUGGAAGCAGCUUCACAGCCCUUUUCGAGACUCAAUCAACAGCAGCUGCUGAUCCCAGGAUGGUGAUCCGUGUAUAUAUUGCAUCUUCCUCUGGCUCUACUGCGAUUAAGAAGAAACAGCAAGAUGUGCUUGGUUUCUUAGAAGCCAACAAAAUAAGAUUCGAAGAAAAAGAUAUUGCAGCAAAUGAAGAGAAUCGGAAGUGGAUGAGAGAAAAUGUGCCUGCAAACCAUCGACCAGCCACAGGAUACCCCCUUCCACCUCAGAUUUUCAAUGAAAGCCAGUACCGUGGGGACUAUGAUGCCUUCUUUGAAGCCAGAGAAAAUAAUGCAGUGUAUGCCUUUUUAGGCUUAACAGCACCACCUGGUUCAAAGGAAGCAGAAGCCCAAGCAAAGAAGCAAGCAUGAGUUUUAAACAUUCUGCCUUAAGCAUCUUGAAAACUAGUCCCCAUUGCUCUUCUAAAGUAGCAGAAUUAUCUUGGCUUCAAAAAGGAUAGGCUUAAUGGUGAAACAAUAGAUUAAUUGGUGUUUUCAUAUGCUAAGAACACAAAUGAAUAUAUAAUUAAAAUGUAUUAAAAUGUGAGCAUUAUGAUGAUGAGAAUGAGAAAUGAACAUAAAAUUUUAGUAGGUAUAGUGCAAUAAUGUUAUCUGCCAGAGCAUUUUAUGUACAUUACUCAUUUUAUAAGAAAACACCCUUAACCUUUUUUUUUGUAUUCAUAUCUGCAGCUCAGUAUUGAGGAGUUUUAAAAGGAGAUAGGGAAGAGAGAAAUAAUCUGUCACUUAUACCAAAAUAACCUCAUUAAUUUUAAUGAACACAAAUAUGUACCUUUUUUGAUGUCAUGUUGUUAUGAUUAAAACUACUUGCAGGUAAUUGUUUAUAAUAUGUUAAGCACUGUAAUUUCCUGUAGUAAAUAUAACAUUCCCAUUCUUUUGUAGAUGAAACUUUGGCGUUCUGAACCACAAGUUUUCCAGGCUUCUAAAUGUAGCCUUUAAUUGCAUAUUUCAGUGAUAAGAAUAGAUGACUGCCUACCCCCCCAAAAAAAAAUCAAGCCAUGCAUUCAUUGAAAAUUUCCUUAUUUAACUACACAGCUAAGAUGGAAUUAGGUCUCUGAGUUCUUCCCCUCGUAAAAUACACACAUGUAUAUUGUGGAAAUGGAUAAGUAGGUUAAAAAUGGCAUGCUCUUCAAUGAGCUCAAACCUUUUGUUUAUUAUAAAAUAGGUUGGCAGUCUCUGCCCAGGAUAGUUUUCCUUGGGUUUUCUUUGAAUAAAUCUUAGUGAUCCCUCCCCCCUGUAAAAUAGCUUGUGAUCAUGAAGGUCAUUAUUUCUAAGAUAUCUGAUCACUUGAUUUCAGUUUAGGCAUAUAUUGUAUGAGUACAUUAAUCAAAACAAAGAGAAUAUUUUAAUGCAUCUAUUCCGGCAAAAACACAAGUAACAAAUAAAAAGGGCAACUUUUAAAAUAGUAGUUCUAAACACUUCUAAAAAGACAAGAAACAUGUCCUAAAUCACUUACACAGAAGAUAUAUAUAUAUAUAUAUACACACACACACGCAUGCACAUACUAUUUUAUUACUAAAAGUAAACACCUUUUACUUUACUUUAUUGUACCUGUUGUAUGCAAGUCUGUAUUCUUAGCCAAAAUCAACUUAAAAUGAAGAUAUGGCUUUGUUUACUGAAAUUCAAACUUGAUGUGAUGCUUUAAAAUAAACUUAAUACUUUUAGA